AUAUUUAAAGAGAAACAUUAUGAAUAGUGAAGCUACAAUUCUCUGGCUCCUCUUCCAUAUGCUACAAUGGGACAAUGUGGAACUUUUAAAAAAUACCUGCUCCAAAAUGGAAACUUACCCGCAAAUCAACGAACAAAGUAAGCUAAAUGUUGAAAGUUUUUUGGAGAUAAGUCCAUUACAAGUUUUACAAUGUGCACGAGAAUGUCAAUUAAGGUCGGCUUGUGUUUCGUUUAACUAUGAUAAACAAACUCGUCAAUGUUUUCUUAACACUCAAGGUAGUGCGGAUGUACCAUCGGGCCUUGAAGCUAAAAGAGGUUUUAUUCACAGUGAUAUACAAUCAUGGCCAAAGAAUCUAGCUGAAGGUUGCAUGAACCAUGAUUGUCCCGUUAACACAUUUUGUGAAAGUGAUUUAAAUAUUGGUGUUACCUGUGUCGAUGAAAGCUGGAUCAUGACCAGAGAUAAAGCUAAUGACACAACAACGAAUCAAAGAGACACAACAACGAGUCAAAGAGACACAACAACGAGUCAAGCAGAUACAACAACGAGUCAAGCAGAUACAACAACGAGCCAAGCGGAUACAACGAGUCAAGCAGAUACAACAACGAGCCAAGCAGAUACAACAACGAGUCAAGCAGAUACAACAACGAGCCAAGCAGAUACAACAACGAGUCAAAGAGACACAACGGCGAGCCAAGCAGAUACAACAACGAGUCAAUCAGAUACAACAACGAGUCAAGCAGAUACAACAACAGAAGGGGGAUUCAAACUAGUAACUAUGGAUGUGAAUGGUGUUAGUGUGACAAAACUGGAAGUGACGUCGACUUUAACGUCAGCAGAGAUUGAAAAUUUAAUAGUUACACACGGCGCAUGUCUACAGAGCUGUACCGGUAUACCUGGAGGUAACUACCAGUACUGUGGAGGAUGUACGAAAUACAUAAACUGUUCAAAUGGAGGUUUAUCUGAGCUACCUUGUGCUGCUUCUUUAUUUUGGGAUCAGAAGAUACGGGGAUGUGUCUUCGUUUCUUCUACAUGUUCAUAUUAAUGAACUAAGUUGCUUAUGGUUUGAAUACAUUAUUCCACGUGUUAACAUUUAUCUUUGAAGUAAGGGAGCUUAUGUUUGGGGUAGAUCUCUUUUUCAAAUAUACAGGUUCACCCCCUAAAAAAACAGAACCCAUAAAAGUUUUAUUAAAUCCCACAAAGCAGGAAACGUGCUGGAUUAAAACUUCAGUCUUUGUACGAUCAUUUUCCAAAGUUUCAGUUUUUUCGGUCACUAUAUAUUAAAGUCAUGUUCUUUAUAAAAUAUACUCCAAAUUUCAGGCGGGACUGAUCAUCAGGGGGCACCGCAUUAAUCGGACUC